AUGAGCGACGAGAUGUGGAUUAAGAUUUUUGCUUUCCUACCUCCUCAUGUGCUCUGCAAAGUGGGCCUCGUUUGCUCCGAAUGGCAGCGCCUUGCCUGCGACAACAUGUUGUGGAAGGAGCACUAUCGGGCAGCCUGGCCGUGGGAGACGAGCGUGUUGGCGACGGCGGGCCGCGUGCAGAGGAGGGACUCGUCGGCGGACGCGGGAACGGAUGGCCCCGAGCAGCACGACGUCAAAAAGAGGAGCAAGAGCGCAACUGCCGGCCACACCUUCGCCGUGCCGCACCCACGAGGCGUGGUCGGUGGUACCUCGUCGUCGCAGCUCAACGGCUCUCGCAAGAGGAAGGCCGACGAGGUCGCAAGCAACAAGGAAGGGAGCGCGAGGGUCGACAGCAUCGAGAAGGAGAAGCGAGAGAAGCGCGGGCGACUGUCCGCGACGGCCGACGAGGCCUUUGGCUCUCCCGUCAUGGGAGAAACGGACGACGACGAGAUGGUGGUGACGGUCAGCCCGCACCUCGCGGGUGCGCUCGAAACGAGCGACACGCACAAGCCCAGGUCCGACGGCGCACACGACAUCCUCAGCAGAGUCUUCAAUAUCAACCGCAAACAGCACGGGCUGGAGAUCGUCAACCCGCUGCUGCGAAAGCAAGUGGUCCUGUCCAAGCCCCCGCUCAAGGUCCACGGCCGCUGGAAGAGCCUCUUCUUCGCGAAGAAAAAAUACGAGAGGAAGCUGCUGCAGGCUCUGCCCAAGGAGGAGGACCUCGUGCACUCCCUGCCGUGCUCGCUCGAGGAGCUGUACAAUGGGCGCGUGAGGAAGAUGAAGAUCACUCGUCACGUGGUCUGCACCAUUGCUGGAGGCAUGACAGAGGGCGCAGCCGAGGAGUGUACCGAGUGCAACGGAAUUGGCACCAAAACGUACUUGUCUCUCCUCGUGUUCCCCAUCCACUCCACACCGCGCUUUCUCUUUUCCGAUGCUCAUAUCUCGCAAAACAUCAGCAUCACGAAGAUCAUGCCGCCUCUGUUUCAGCAGUUGGUGAGUCCUUGCCGCAAGUGCAACACUCGAGGCUACACACUCAAGGCCUGUGAGAGGUGCCCACUUUGUGCUGGUCGCUCUGUGGUCUACCGGCCCGAAAUACUCGAGGUCAAGGUGGAACGAGGGAUGGCUCUGGGCCAGCGACUUGUUUUCGCUGGCAUGUCGGACGCUAAGCCGGGCAGCAGAGCGGGGGAUGUCAUCUUCACGAUCGCAGAGAAGAAGGAGGACAACAAGCCCUUCCAACGCAUCGGGACAUCAAACGAUCUUCUCUACACGCAACACCUGACCCUCCACGAAGCGCUCACGGGGGCGGCCUUCCCUAUCAUCCACAUGGACAACCGGGUCCUCCUGGUCCGACCCCACGAAUACGGCUCCUUUGCGGGCAUCAUCAAGACGGGCGACAUGGUGGUCAUUCGGGGCGAGGGAAUGCCGGUGCUGCCCAACAUGCCCAAGACUCCGGCCUACAGUUCGGCCCCGAAGCCCAAGGCGGGCGACUUGCACAUCAUCUUCAACGUCGUCUUCCCCACACAAGACGACAUCGCCAAGUCGGAAGAGAAGAAGAAGGUCUUUGCGCGGGUGGUGGAGGACUUGGCCCUCCUGCAGCCGCGGGAACCCAUCGAAGCGGUCAUCGCCGGCCGGAGCGUGGUACCCGUGUUCGCGACUAAGGCCCCGGCCAAACCGGCCACGCAGCCGGACAACCACCACCGCGGCCACCACCACCGAAACGGCGAUGGCGGCGAGGCCAGAGCCAGGCGGAAGGCCGAGAAGCGCAAGAAGCAGGAGGAAGACAAGAACGACGCCGAGAGCGUCAAGUGCCACCAACAAUGA